UUCACCCCUGGAUUUUAAUUCCAGAAUUUAGCAUAUCCUCAGAAAAGGAUGCCGAUUCAGUGUCAAUUUGUAUAAUCGGAAUAUUUUAAUAGAAAUGUCCAAGUUAAUGAAUUAGCAUUUAUUUAUGAAGAUAUUCCAAAUUCUGUGCUUAAAAUUCACGGCUGCCAAUCAUUUCAGCCAGGAAUGUACAUUGUUCUUUUUUAAAUCCUUUAUUUGUAUCAAUAUCUUUAUUUAUAUUUCGAUGCUGUAUAAUUACCAAUAUAGUUAUAACAUAAGAUGCCUACCUUUUUUUAAAAUUUUGCUUUACAACAGUUGAAAAUGUGUAGCCGCGCGGUAGGUGUGACCACGGGGCGUCAUCGCGGCAGCUGAUUGGUGGUUUUGCGGCUGCGUCCGCAUGGCAACCGCGAGCUGUGUACAAGGAAUUACGGCAGCAAGGAGCUUUUUCGCGAAACGCUAAUCGGGAUUUUCGACGUCCAAACACACCGCUGCCUGGCCUCUCUCUUCCGCGACACCGUUAGAUUCGGAGACGGCGGACAGCGCGGAGGGGCUUUGAUGCGGCGUGCUGUCGGCGCGGACUGACAGCCAGCCAUAAGCUGCCACCACAGAUCUGUAAUCAUGACGGCAGAGGAGACGAUCAACAUCAAGGAGGCGGAGGUGACCAAGCUGAUCCUGGAUUUCCUCAACUCCAGGAAGCUGCACAUCAGCAUGCUGGCCCUAGAGAAGGAGAGCGGUGUCAUCAACGGGCUGUACUCUGAUGACAUGCUCUUCCUCAGGCAACUGAUUCUGGACGGCCAAUGGGAGGAGGUGAUGCAGUUCAUUCAACCUCUAGAGGGAAUGGACAAGUUUGACAAGAAAAGGUUCCGCUACAUCAUUCUGAAGCAGAAGUUUUUGGAAGCUCUGUGUGUAAAUAACGCCAUGUCUGCUGCUGAAGACCCUCAGAAUCUGGAGCUCACCAUGCAGGAGGCAGUAAAGUGCCUCCACAAUCUGGAGGAGUUCUGCCCAUCCAAAGAGGACUACAGCAAGCUGUGUCUUCUCCUCACCCUGCCUCGCCUCACCCACCAUUCCGAGUUCAAAGACUGGAACCCGAGCACGGCACGUGUUCAUUGCUUCGAGGAAGCCUGUGCCAUGGUAGCCGAGUUCAUUCCUGCGGACAGGAAGCUAAGUGAGGCUGGCUUUAGGGCGAGCGGAAACCGCCUCUUCCAACUGCUCAUUAAAGGGAUCCUAUAUGAGUGUUGUGUGGAGUUCUGUCAGAGUAAAGCAACUGGUGAGGAAAUCACAGAGGGUGAGGUUCUGCUCGGUGUGGAUUUGCUCUGUGGGAACGGCUGCGACGAACUGGAUUUGUCACUGCUGUCCUGGCUGCAGAACCUCUCUCCAGGUACCUUCUCAUGCGCCUUCCAGCAGAAGACCCUCAACAUCCACGUGGACCGGCUGGUGAAGCCCAGCAAGGCGGGCCAUGCCGACCUGCUGACUCCAUUAAUCAACCGUCUGUCUCCCUGCCCUACCUCACCCUUCCACCAGAGGCCUCAUUCAGCUGACACCUACAUGUCCAGAUCUCUUAAUCCAGCUCUGGACGGCCUGUCCCACGGUCUGGCAGCGCAGGACAAGAGAGGCACAGAGGCGAACAUAAAGUCUGCUCUCAGUCGGAGCCUAGUGGAGAAUAAUGUGCAUCAGCAGGAUGAUUCACCUGAGAGGAAGCACCCUCAAAGGCUGGAUGGUUCCAACACCACACGCACACCUCUGACCCCUGGAAAAGAUGGUGGGCCACCCUCCAGUACAGCAACAAAUGAGCGUUGUGACUCCACAGAGCAAAUACAGGAGUUUUACAGGCAGCGUCUCCGUGUGCAACAACAUCUGGAACAGAAGCAGCAGCAGAGGCAGCUUUACCAGCAGAUGCUGCUGGAGGGAGGGGUGAAGCCACAAGAUGGAGCCCAGCACAGCCUCACCGAGACCUUCCUCAGCAGAUCCAUCCAGAAGUUGGAGGAGAUGAAUGUGGGCAUUGAUCUCAGAGGAGAUGAGGUGAUGACACAACUGGGCCAGCAGUGGAACGGACUGACAGGAAGUACCAGCACCUCUAGUCCCAGGGCUCCCAACACCCACCACACUCCAGACGCAGGGCUGCCAAGGGACAAGCCAGGUGGCAUGAGCAGCAGCACCCCGUUAAGGACCGGGAGCCACGGCUUGCCUUCCCUCAGCGAGUCUCCAGUUCCCGCCAGUCAUAGUGCUGAGAGGAUCAGAUCAUCUUGUCCCACGGUGCAAGAUGAUUCAACCUGCUCUCUGACACGUAACACACAAGAGCCGGGGAAGGCCAAAACACAGUUCAUUAAGGUCAGCCAGCUCGAGGACACACAAGCAGUACGUGCAGUGGCCUUCCACCCCUCAGGAGCACUCUACGCUGUUGGCUCCAACUCAAAAACCCUGAGAGUCUGUGCCUACCCAGAAACCCUGUCCACCAGUGGUUCUGGAGCAGUUAAGCAGCCGGUUGUGCGCUUCAGGAGGAACAAACACCACAAGGGCUCAAUCUACUGUGUAGCCUGGAGCCACUGUGGCCAACUGUUGGCCACCGGGUCAAAUGAUAAAUAUGUCAAAGUCCUGCCUUUCAACGCAGACACCUGCAACGCCACAGGCCCGGACCUGGAGUUCAGCAUGCAUGAUGGUACCAUCAGGGACUUGGCCUUCUUGGAGGGCCCUGAGAGUGGAGGAUCCAUCUUGAUCAGUGCCGGGGCUGGAGACUGCAACAUCUACACUACGGAUUGUCAGAGAGGACAGGGCCUCCAUGCCCUGAGUGGACACACCGGUCACAUUCUGACUCUGUACACAUGGGGAGGCUGGAUGAUCGCCUCUGGCUCGCAGGACAAGACAGUCCGUUUCUGGGACCUGCGAGUGCCCAGCUGUGUGCGGGUGGUGGGCACAACCCUGCACGGCUCAGGAAGUGCCGUUGCUUCGGUGGCAGUGGAUCCCAGCGCCCGCCUGCUGGCCACUGGUCAGGAGGACAGUACCUGUAUGUUGUACGACAUCAGAGGAGGCCGCAUAGUCCAGACAUACCGCCCCCACAGCAGUGACAUUCGCUCAGUGCGCUUCUCACCGGGAGCCCACCAUCUUCUGACUGGCUCCUAUGACAACAAAAUCAUCAUCAGUGACCUGCAAGGUGACUUAACAAAGCCCCUACCUCAGACAGUGGCAGGAGAACAUUGGGACAAGGUGAUCCAGUGUAGGUGGCACCCCCAUGACCAGACCUUCGUCUCCUCGUCUGCAGAUCGAAAUGUCGUCCUCUGGGCUCCAGGCCCCUGAGAGUCCAUUAGAGAAACACUGGUUAGCAGCAGCAGCAGCAGCAGCAGCAGCAGCAGCAGCAGGAAGCACAAGAAGAGUCUCCACAUAAAUAACAUCCCAGCAUGGGAUCGCGUACUGUUGCGGCAUGUUUGUAUGUAUGAUUGUGUGCAUACAUAUCGAGAGCAUCAAACUGUUUAUAUGUCGCUCAGUUUAAAGUUAACUGUGUGUUACGUGUCUGUAUGUAAAUUGUGAGAUUGAUACAUUUUUGAGGCGGAAGAUCCAGUCACUUUAAAAAUGACAGUCUAUACUUGGUUGUGUGUGUGUGUGUGUGUGUGUGUGUGUGUGUGUGUGUGUGUGUGUGUGUGUGUGUGUGUGUGUGUUUGAAUACCACUGUAUAUGUCUUUGAGUAUGUGCCCGUGUGCGUGCAACCAAUCAUGGCGUUUCGGAAAAACUCAUAUGUGUGUAUCUGGUUUUAUGGUUUUAGUGUAAUUAAAGUUAAAUUAAAGGAAAAUAUUAGCAUUUUACAAAUGCCAUAAAAAGAGGAAACAAUGAUAUUUUAGUGUUUCUAUUUGGAGUCCAAGUGAGGUUAGAUACUUAAAUAUUUAUGGUGUGUGUGUGUGUGUGUGUUUGCUUAACACCUCUCUGCUUUUGGCUUUGUAAGUAGAGCAUAAAGAUUAAACAGCAAAGAUGUAGUUAGAAUAUAGAGAUGACUGAUGAUGCCUGUAUUGAAAGGCAUGAGUAAAUCCACUUCAAGCACUCUCUCAAGUUAGUUAUUUUCUCAAAAUGCCAAACGUCUUAUUAGUCAGAGCUCGAAGGUCACUUUAGAAGGGGUUUAGCCUAAGAAGCAGUGGCCUGGACUCUUUAUGUUGUGGAAAGAAGCCACAUUUGGUUAUGCAUAUCAUAAUGUGCCUUUUUGUAACAUUUGUAGAGACUGAUUUUUGAAUAUGUGGAUUAAUUAAGAGAUCGAUUGAUUUAUUUGCAGCUUUAUCUUGUUUGUCCAUAUGCCUUGUCGUGUAUAAAUUAUUGUAAUGGUAAUAUGAUGCAGAAAAUGAUCACCCACUGGGCAUUUGUGCACACCAGUAUAAAGUGUUUUUCCCUACAUCUCUUCUCGUUGAAAAACCGAGAGUAACUAGCGCUUUACGCAAAUGUUGAAAAUACAGUAUGUUCUGGUUUGGUUUAUCAGUGGUUAACAAAGUACAUUUUUUUGUCUCAGACAAAAAAAAAAUUAAUUUCAAACUAAAUCGUGAAAUUGCAACACAAGAAUACACACAUGUUGGGAUAAUAUUGCAGCGAGAUAGUCUCGGGAUGACAACAGCUAUCUCCUAUUCGAGAAAUGAGAGAAAAUGUUGGAAGGCUAAGUUAAGACACUGGUAACGAUGCACUUUAAAGGUAGGAAUGCUGCUAGUCUGCACAGAGUGAAAUGACAUAUCUGGUCACAUUUGUAGCUUUUACAAAUAAGGAUCUGAUUUUUUUUCUUCCCUUUUACUAGGCCUUUACUAAGCACCUACACAGAAAUCUGAUGCAUGUGAGGGAGAAGAAGGUACGGGAGAGAGUACAAGUCAUGGCUUAUCGUAUUUUACCUGUUCUGUGGCUCACAAUGGCAAAUUCAGUGUCACUGUCCACCUGUGUGGUUUUAAAACAACGUUUGUGCACAAACUGGUGUAAAUGAUGGAACUGCAUAGGGGUCAAUGGAGUUCAAACUGUUAAAAUAA